CGAAACGGCGCGCGAGAAACGAUGCACGCGCUGCGCAACUUCGUGCUCGGCGUGCUCCAGGAGGCGUCGUCGCGGCAGCUCCAGCACCUCUCGGAGACGCUGCGGCUUCCGCCGAUGGCCACCAAGGCCGACGUCCUCGCCGGUAUCCUGCACCUCAUCGAGCUCGACCGCGACUCGGCGCUGGGGAUCUUUGUGACAUGGCACCAGACGGCGGUCGCGGGCGACGACCAGGUGAUCGCGCCAACCGCGUUUGCAAACGCGUUCGUGCCGAUCCCGGGGUCCUCGACCGAAGCGAUCGAGCCGCCAACGUCGCUCUUUGGGUUCGAGCUCGACGAAGAGCUGAGUGUUCUUGCGCGCGACGUGAGCGUACUCGAAGCCGCAUACAAGGACGCCGAGGUGCACGUACACAGUGGCCGUGCGUCGUACGAGAAGAUCAAGCGCUUCCUCCAAACACUCACCCAACUGCGCGCCAAGGACAUCGAGUUCCGGCGUCUCCUCCUGCAGAAGAAUGACGCACUCCGCAAAGACAAUGCGCGCCUGUCCCGCACAGAGACGCACACGCGUGCGCAGCUCGAAUUUUUCCUCGGCGGCUGCUCCCGCCUUCGUUCCAAACACGAUGCACUCAUUGAAGACAUCGCAUGCAGCACGGCAAGCGACGACAUGGCGACCCAUGUCCUUCUCGAGCUCUACGGCGGCGAAGUCGGUCUUACGCACGUGUUGACGCGCACGUUGGAAGCCAAGUGCGCGCACUUGAGCGCCACGUGCGCGAGCUUGGACGCGGCGCAUGCGACCAUUGCGUCGCUGCACGCAAAGAUAGACGAAAAGAACACGCUGUUCGCGACGCUGCAAGCGAAAUGGGACGCUGCGGCCAAAGACGCGACGUGCGCCAAGUUCCAGCUGCGCAAGUGCAGGAAGCGGCUACGCGACUCGAACGCCGACGCCGCGACCGUCUCGCACCUGCGCUACCACUGCCUCCAGCUCCAGCGCAUGGUUACGGACCUUCUCAGUGUCAGUCAAAUCCACGCGCUCGCGCUCAAUGACGCCAAAGCCAACUUUACGAAGAGCACCGAAAAGAAAUCCAUCGCGUGGCGGGUGCUGUCGUAUUUGCGCUUCGUCUCGGAUCGACGCCUCGACCCGUCCGUCGCGAGUGUGCCACCUCACUUCCCAUUGAUCGUGCCGCCGCCAAGAGCGCGCAAGGACGUUCGCGACACACUACCGAUCGUCGUUGUGCUCGGCAUGUCGUCGCUCGUGCAUCAAGUGGUCCUGCGCUUGAGCAGCCAGUUUGGCUACGCCCAUUUUGACGUGGACGAGUGGCACAGGGGGCUCAUCCCGGUCGACCCUGAAACCCCCGACGACGGAGAGAGACCGUUGGAUCUUCCCCGGUUGGCCCGCGCGGUGGCUGACACGCCCUAUUGUCUCCUCCACGACCACGCGUUUACGACCGACGACGUCCGGCGGCUCAUUCAGCACGGCUGCCGCGUCGAUAUGGUGCUCGACUUCAGCUCCGUCGACGCCGACGCCGCGUGGCGUCGGCUCCCGUUGCACACACCGCUGCACCCGUCCAUGGUGGGCCUGGACUCGGUGUCGUGGUCGUCGGCAGACGCCAUGGUGGCGGCGGUCGCAAGCACGUGGCAGCGCCGCGUCGCGUCGGCAGGGGCGACGAUCGAGUGGGAUCCGGUCACGCGCGGCUGGAACGAGCGCUGUGCGAUGCUGGCCGAGGAACUUGGCGCCAAAAUGGCGGUCGUCUGGGCCGCCCAUCAAAACCAAGAAGCGGUCCAACACACCGGCAAAGAGUCGAUCGCCCACACCUUCCAAGCCCGGUCGCAGUGA